CCUUUUUUUGCAGGUUGGUUAGUCAAAAAUCAGUGUUCGGUACUUGAAGUCUGAAGAAGAAACGUAGAAAAAUCCUGUUUCGAAGUCGAAUUUGCAGAGUGUGAGGGUAUUUACUACAUCUGCUGGAUCUGCAAUAUUCAGAGAAGAAGAAGAAAAAGAAGUAUUGAUGGCUCGCGCGGGAGGGAUAACGAACGCUGUGAACGUGGGAAUAGCAGUGCAAGCCGAUUGGGAGAACCGCGAAUUCAUCUCUCACAUUUCCCUCAACGUUCGUCGCCUCUUCGACUUCCUCGUCCAAUUCGAGGCUACAACCAAGAGCAAGCUUGCAUCGUUGAAUGAGAAGCUUGAUGUAUUGGAGCGUAGGCUGGAACUCCUUGAAGUUCAAGUGGCCAAUGCAUCAGCCAACCCAUCUCUUUUUGCUACAUGAUGCCAUUUACUUACAGCUUUUUCCAUCCAAUGAUAACAUAUUUUGGAAAUGGACCAUACCCAUUCAACCAAGCUCCACUCAUUUCGUGGCCUCUUUAUGUCGAGAGGUUCUCGACCACUCACAAUUUCAAGUAGGACCACACCAAAGCUGAAGACAUCACUCUUUUCCGAUAGCUGUUGGGUUGUAUAGUACCUGCAUAGGGAUACUUGUCAGCUUCUGUGUUGCAUUCUGUAACACAUGAACAUAUAGGACUAGG